AUACACCACCCUCCACUGGCACCCCCCUUGGCCUACACAGAGUCACCCCUGAGCCCCUCAGUGUGUGCUGAGGUGGGCCCUGCUCUCUACAGGGGCAUGGAAAGGAAUAGCUUGGGGUGCUGUGAGGCCCCCAAGAAGCUGGGCCUGUCCUUCUCCAUCGAGGCGAUCCUAAAGAGGCCUUCCAGGAGGAGUGAUAGAGACAGGCCAGAAGGGGCAGGCAGAGAGGGCCCCGGAGAAGCUGCAGCCUCAGGCUCUGGCCUAGAAAAGCCCCGACAGGACCAGCCCCAAGAAGGGAGGAAGAGCAAGCGGAGGGUUCGUACCACCUUCACCACCGAGCAGCUGCAUGAGCUGGAGAAGAUCUUCCACUUUACCCACUACCCAGACGUCCACACCCGCAGUCAGUUGGCAGCCAGGAUCAACCUCCCAGAAGCUCGGGUGCAGAUCUGGUUCCAGAACCAGCGAGCCAAGCAGCGGAAGCAGGAGAAGACUGGCAGCCUGGGGGCCCCACAGAAGCUGAGUGAAGCCAGCAUGGCCCUGCCCGCAAAUCUGGAUGUGGCUGGACCCAUGUGGACAUCCACCGCUCUGCACAGGCUGGCUCCUCCCAUGGGGUGUUGUCCGUCUGCUCAAGGUCAGCUGGCCUCGGCCUGGAUCCCUGCCCGGAUCACCUUCCUCCCAUGGCACCCAUGGGAAACGCAGCCUGUCCCAGGUGCUCCCACCCAUCAAACUUGCAUCUCUACGCUGUGUUCUUCCACCUCCACACCCUAAAAGGGGCAGCAUCUGUGCUACCUCAACAUAGAGAUUGGACAUCCUCUCCUCAAAUGAGCCACUCUCCUCUCCAGGUGAAGGCAGGUAGCAGAUGUGCCCUGGGCC